AUGCCGAGGUCAUUUUUGGUGAAGAGUAAACGGGCACAUAGCUACCACCAACCCCGAUACCUGGAUGAUGAGUACAUAAAACUGGAUACUAAUGUAUCCCUUAUAUGCGCAGAGCGCAAACCGCAGGUUGAGGGGAGCUGUGACGUGCAGGAUGCUCAUAACCAUGGCAAGCGCUCCCCUGAGUCCUAUCUAGUGCGCACGGCUGACCUGUUAUCCACCUCCCCGCUGAGCCUCGAGGGCAACGUGUGCGACCGCUUCCCGGACUAUGACUACUACUGGCGCCCUCCAUCUCCAUCUGUAUCACAAGAUUCGGAACAAUGUUUCACUCCGUCAGUAGACAACGCUCAACCUUUCGCCAUUCCAUUCCGCCCUUAUGCAUGGACUACCUACUCUGGUUCCAAGCUCAGGCACCUUGUGCAGCGAACAUACCAACAGAAUCUCUCCACAACUCUGGAGCCUGACACACAGAUGGCUAUCGAUGGAUCCGAGGAUGGUGCCUCCAACUCCCCCAUUUACGCACAGCGGGGCCCGCAAACAGGAUUUUACCGGGACUUUGGGUCUACGGUGUUCCCUACCUAUAAAAUGUGGGACGCCGACCAAUUAUACUCGGACCUCAAGGUCUCUAAAAUCAAGUCUGAAUCCGAUCUCAUCUGUUCCCGUAUAGAGCCAAGCAGAUCGUACAAAUGCAUUAAGUGUUGCAAGGAAUUCUCGACACCGCACGGGUUGGAAGUUCACGUCCGUCGGUCGCACAGCGGAGCACGACCCUUCACCUGUGGAAUGUGUUGGAAAACAUUUGGGCACGCAGUGAGCUUGGAACAACAUAAAACCGUUCACUCACAGGAGAGGAGCUUCGACUGCAAAAUCUGCUGCAAAAGCUUCAAGCGAUCGUCCACGCUGUCCACGCACCUGCUCAUCCACUCGGACACGCGCCCCUACCCUUGUCAGUACUGCGGUAAGAGAUUCCAUCAGAAGUCGGACAUGAAGAAACACACCUUCAUCCAUACAGGUGAGAAACCGCACAAGUGCCAGGUAUGCGGGAAGGCCUUCAGUCAGAGCUCCAACCUCAUCACGCACAGCCGCAAGCACACGGGCUAUAAACCGUUCUGCUGCGACCUCUGCGUCAAGGGAUUCCAGCGGAAAGUGGAUCUGAGGAGGCACAAAGACACACAACAUGGAUUUAAAUGAAAAAUCGCGAACAGCAAAAAUUGUGCUGGAGGAUUGAGAAGAAAAUAGGCUAAUAAUGGAAGUAAAUGUCAAAUUUCAGUGGAAGGAUUAACGAAUUAAUUUUAAUAGUAUAUGCAAUUAUGUCAAUUUUAAAAUACAUUUAUGCAAUACUAGUAUUGUUAUAGGCCAAAUUGUCUUUAACAUUUUACACAACACAAAAUACAUGAUUUAGAAGUGUUGGUUGUGAUGCCCAACUAGGCAUAUUUAUAUUUGUGCUUAAUCUUGUUUUUUUCCC